AAAAAACCAAAACAAAAAGAUCGUAGCAAAGAUGGAAACUUCCUGGUUCUUCACGUUCACGCCGGUCGGACCGCGUGUCGGACCGCGUGUCGGACCACACCUUUCCUCCACCGACAUGUCUCCGUUCUCUCCUGGUCAGAAAAAACAAGCCCAGUUCUACGAGAACAUCAUGCACGCCAUGCGUCCCCAGCCGGAGUACUUCGCCGUGGGCUAUUACGGCCUCGGGUUCCCCUCCUUCCUCAGGAACAAGAUGUUCAUUUUCCGAGGCAAGGAGUACGAGUGGCUGGAAGACUUCAGCCUCAAACUGCUCUCCCAGUUUCCCAGCGCCGUCCGCAUGACCAGCACAGCGCCCCCUGGGGACAACAUCUGCAACUCCUCUGGACAGUGUAUCCUUUUUUUUUUCCAUCAACAGCUCCUGAAGGAUGACUUGA